CGUUAUAUCCUUAAGAAAAUGAAUGCAGAAAUAACAAAGAAACAAUAUUGUGAGAACCAUUUAACAUUUUAUAAAUUAGAAUAUAAGGAAAUGUGUGGAAAAACAUCGCAUCCUACUUCGUGUCUCGAAGAAAGUGGAGGAAGCUUGAUAAUUAAUGAAAACAAUGAAGAUAAAUUAGUUGGCAUACUUCGAACUUCUUACGGAUGCAGAUGCGCUGAUGAUGGAUGUCCAUUAAUAUACAUAGAAGUAAAGAAGUUACUUCAAUGGAUUUUACAGUUUGCUAUUAACGACAACUAAACGCUUAAAAAUUUGGGGGAAAAAACAAAGAAAUUUGUAUUUUAAAUAAAUUUGUAUUGAACGAAAAAUUCGUUUUUUUUUUUUUAAAUGUUUUUAAAUAUAAACUUUUGUAGAAUAGUUAUUGCAUGUUAAAAGCUGAUUCAUCAUUAAAUAAAACGAUGAAUUCAUUUAUAAACCAUCAUUUUAUUUUAUUUUAUUUUAUAUUUUUAUAAUAGAAAAUGCUCAUUAAAUUAUCAU